AUGGCCGCUCUCGCCAGCUCGCUCAUCCGUCAGCGCCGCGAGGUGAAGGACCCUCAGCAGAACCGGCAGAUCGCCAGCAAGCGCAAGCCCUGCCCCAAAAGCAACAAGUCCCUGUGCCAGAAGCAGAUUCUAAUUUUGAUAUCCAAGGUGCGGUUAUGUGGCAGUCGAGGCAGGAAGAUGGAGAAAAGGCCAGACGCUCCAACACCCCCACCCGAGGUUCAUCAUUUUGGUCUUAAAAUGUCCCCGCAGCUGAAGGGCAUAGUCACCCGGCUCUUCUGCAGACACGGCUUCUACCUCCAGAUGCUUCCGGAUGGCACCAUGGAAGGCACAAAGGACGAAAGCAGCUCCUUCUUGCAGUUCAACUUGAUUCCUGUGGGGCUUCGGAUAGUGGCCAUCCAGAGCACCAAGACGGGACUAUACGUGGCCAUGAACAGCGAUGGCUACCUCUACACAUCGGAGCACUUCACACCUGAGUGCAAAUUUAAGGAGUGCGUGUUUGAGAACUAUUAUGUGACCUACUCGUCCAUCCUGUACAGGCAGACACAGUCUGGGAGGGCCUGGUACAUCGGCAUCAACCGUGACGGACAGGUCAUGAAGGGCAACCGCGUCAAGAAGACCAAGGGAGCAGCGCACUUUCUGCCCAAACUCAUCGAAGUGGCGAUGUACAGAGAACCCUCACUCCAUGACGUCGCAGAGCAAAGCCCGCCACGGAAAACGCCCAAGACCUCCAGUGACUCUCCGGUUCUCCAAAAUGGCAAAAAGGACAAAGAACUGAAAGAACACAAAGAUCAUAAAGAACACAAAGAUCAUAAAGACCAUAAAGACAAUAAAGAACAUAAAGAACAUAAAGAGCAUAAAGAGCAUAAAGAACAUAAAGAGAAUAAAGAACAUAAAGAACACAAAUCCAAAAGCAAAAGCUCCUCCUAG